GUGUGCGGAAGCGGCGCGCGGCGGCGGGCCGGGGCGAUGCUGAAGGCGGUGAUCCUCAUCGGGGGCCCCCAGAAGGGCACCCGCUUCCGGCCGCUGUCCUUCGAGGUGCCCAAGCCGCUCUUCCCGGUGGCCGGCGUGCCCAUGGUGCAGCACCACAUCGAGGCCUGCGCCAAGGUGCCCGGCAUGAAGGAGAUCCUGCUCAUGGGCUUCUACCAGCCCCACGAGGCCCUCAGCCGCUUCCUGGUGUCGGCGCAGCAGGAGUUCAAGAUCCCCAUCAGGUAUCUCCAGGAGUACGCGGCACUGGGCACGGGUGGCGGCAUCUAUCACUUUCGGGACCAGAUCCUGUCGGGUGGUCCUGAGGCCUUCUUUGUCCUCAACGCAGAUGUGUGCUCCGAGUUCCCCUUGCAGGAGAUGCUGGACUUCCGGCAGCAGCACGGCGACGUGCACAGCUUUGUCAUUCUGGGCACCACGGCCAACAGGACACAGGCUCUGAACUAUGGCUGCAUUGUGGCUAACACGGACACGCACGAGGUCCUGCACUAUGUGGAGAAGCCCAGCACGUUUGUCAGUGAGAUUAUUAACUGUGGUAUCUACCUGUUCACACCUGCCAUCUUCCAGCACAUCGGUGAUGUCUUCCAGAGAAACCAGCAGGAGCUAGUGCUCUGUCCUUACCUUGGAGAGGACAGCUCUAACGGCUGGCAGCGUGCAGAAGUGAUCCGGCUGGAGCAGGAUGUUUUCACGGCACUGGCUGGGAGUGGCAAACUCUAUGUCUACAAAACUGAUGGCUUCUGGAGCCAGAUCAAAUCAGCGGGCUCUGCCAUCUAUGCCAGCCGCCUUUACCUGAACCAGUACAGUCAGUGCCACCCAGAGAGGCUGGCCCAGAACAAACCGGGAGGCCCUAUCAUCCGAGGGAAUGUGUACAUCCACCCGACGGCCUCUAUCAACAGCACUGCAGUGCUGGGCCCCAACGUCUCUAUUGGAAAGGGAGUGACGGUGGGAGCUGGUGUACGCGUGCGUGAGUCCAUUGUCCUGCAUGGGGCCUCACUGCACGAUCACACCUGCGUUCUCAAUACCAUCGUGGGCUGGGACAGUACCAUUGGGCGCUGGGCCCGGGUGGAGGGAACACCCAGUGACCCCAACCCCAACGACCCCUAUGCUAAGAUUGACAGCGAGACCCUUUUCCGGGAUGGACGGCUCACACCCUCCAUCACAAUUCUGGGUUGCAGCGUCACCAUCCCUGCUGAGGUUGUCAUCCUCAAUUCCAUCGUCCUGCCCCACAAGGAGCUGAGCCGCAGCUACAAGAAUCAGAUUAUCCUGUGAGUGAGCUGCUUGCCAGGUUGCCACUGCCAGUGUCAGCCCAUGGCUCUCUGUCGUGCCCCACAGAAGAAGGUUUUGCCUCUUAAGAGAUUACCAGCUCCUCAGGAGCAGGCCAGGAGUCUUCCAAGUGUCUUGAUUCCUGCUCCAAAUGGACAUUAAAGCUGGUGCACAUCA